AUGAGCUGUGAAUCUCUGUUGCCAUAUUACACGGCUCAGAGUGGCUCUGGAGUAGGCAUGUUCCACACUACCAUGGGAAAACUGCAGCGGCAACUGCACAAGGGAGAGUAUGACAUAUUCAAGUAUGCACCGAUAUUUGAGAGCGACUUUAUUCAGAUCACCAAAAGGGGAGAAGUGAUUGAUGUGCACAACCGCGUCCGCAUGGUGACCGUAGGCAUCGCGUGCACCAGCCCCAUCCUCCCACUCCCUGACGUCAUGCUGCUGGCCCGCCCAGCCACAGGCUGUGAAGAGCAUGCCGGACGUGGCCAGGCCCGCAAGAAAAGAAGCCGCAAGACUGCAAAGGCCUUAGAGCUCACCAGGCUCCUUCCCUUGAAGUUUGUCAGGAUCUCGGUUCACGACCGAAAGAAACAACAGCUGCGUCUGAAAUUUGCCACUGGCCGGUCUUGCUACCUGCUGCUGUGUCCCCCUCUCGACGCCCGUGAAGACCUCUUCUCCUACUGGGAGAAACUAAUUUACCUUCUGCGGCCACCCAUGGAGAGUAACAGCAGCACCUAUGCCACUCCAGUUGAGGACAUGGUGUGCAUGCCCGUGUUUGAUGAGGACAGGGCGAGCCUAGGAGCUGCAGAUUUCCAAGGAAAAAGGGAUCAGGACCAAGUCAGCAUCAGGAGCCUCCACAUGGUCUCUGAGGUGCGUGGGGCCACCUCUGCUGCCUAUGCUGGAGGGGAGGGAAUCCAACACGACUCCCACAAGCCCACUAACACGCCCGAUGUGUCCACCCCAAAUCCCAAAUCUACAGAGCUUGCCAAAGAGUCAGCAACAGGCGCUGUAGCAGACACGUCGAGUACAGUAGCAACCAAGCCUGCCCCUGGCCAGGCAUGCGCAGCCACAGAAGGGGAGGCCACCACAGGUGCAAGAGGAAGCCAAAGCCACUUGACCGUUGCAGACACUGCCAACAUGUCUCCCAAGAGCACUAAGGUGUUUGCGGAGGCAAGCAAGGCCUCAGAGCGUAUUUCCAACACAUCCACGAGCCUCUCCCCAGAGGCCAACAUGACUGUGGUGAUCGCAGAAACUAUUAGCAAGGCUGUGGAAGAAAUAGGUGAUGAUGUUGAUGCACUCACGGGACCUCCUCUCUCCACUGCACCCAGCAAAAGCAGCAUGAGCCGGCGGAGUGGGAGGCAGCGACCUCAGGCCAAUGCUGAAGCCCACAAGGAAAGGAGGGAGAGAAGAGAAAAAGACAGGGCCCUGGGUAGGAGUUCCCACCACCGCAGGAAGGGGGAGAGUCGCCACAGGACAAGGAAAGACAAGGCAGCCCGAAAACUCUCCAACCGGUCCCUAUCGGGCCACAGAGCUGGCAGAGAUGAUAUAAAGGAAAAAGGCCGAGGCAGCCCUGGGGGCAGCAGGCACAAAGGUGUCAGCCACACCCUCAUCACUAAGGAGUCCAGGACCUCUCACAAGUCAGGAAGAAGCUUAUCUGUGACUAGUUCGGGUUCCAGCAAGAGACUCAGCAGGAUCAGCUCUUUCUUGAGGAACGUCAGAGCCAACUUUACUACAAAAGCAGCGGGCUCAACACGCGACCCAAAUGUGGAAAUCACGACCAAGGUGGUGGAGCGGAGCACCAUGGAGGCCAUCACCGAGACAGCAGAGAAUGCCCAGGGGAUGGAGAUGGUUGGUUCUGUGACAUCGGAGAUCAAGGAGACAAUGACUUUUGAAGCCCAUUAG